AUGGCCGCAAACAGAGAACAUGCUCCGCUGUCGCCGAGGUAUUUGGUCCAUGCCACUCACUUGGCAGAUGAGCAGCAGGAAGAUACUUUGGGAAUCCAUCCCGUGGAUGACAACGUCAGGGCCAUCCAGAACGACUACAUGAUAUCCGGCUUCCUGGUAGACGAAGGCUUCGUAGCGCUGGCAACCCUCACAGGAUGCGACGGUCGGAUCCACAGUCCGCGGAUUGCCCUCAUUUGCGCGAUUGAGCUCCUCUUGCUGGCCCUGUUGAUUGCCAAGGCUGUCACUCUGUUUGUGUGCAGCUUCAUCGCAGACCUGGAGCGCGCUCGAUGGACCAACGCCUGCAAAUUCUGGUGGGAGGUGCUGCCCGAGCUCACGUCCUUCAGCGCAAUGCGGCUUUUGCACUGUGCGACGCCUUCUGUGGUGCUCGCAGAUGUGUUUUCCUUUGCAGCAUAUGCCGGGCCACGCGCCGAACUUGAUGGUUAUGCCACGGGCUUUCGCCUGUGGUUGGUCUUCACCUUGAAGAAGCUGAUGUGCUUGGUCAUUGGUAUCGAUGCCUUCCUCUUCAAAGUCCGCGUGGCCUACAGCGACAUCCACAAAGACGAGCUGGGCCCAUGGAGUUUUCUCAGCCUGACGAUGUUCAUUGUGCAAAUUCUGGGCAUUGUCCAACUCUCCAUGUUUGUGCGGGACCGCAUUUUCCUUUUCAUCUUUGGAGGCGAAGACAGUAUCAUGCAGCCGGCAGAACGGGCGCUGAAGAGCAUUUGGCAGGCCAUGGUUGUGCGCAAGGUCUGCCAGCUCUUCGAGUGGCAAAAGGCCACUGCCAUUCUCAUCACGUUUGACGAGGAUGACUUUCAAAAGUUGGUUCUCAACGAGAACGGAGACAUCCAUGAGAGCUUGAUGUCCACUUCAGUCGGAUCAUGGGACCCCUUGGCAGAGUCCGCGGUCUUUGCGAGUGAGUCCCUGCUGAGUAGAAUUUCCGAGGAUGACAAGGAGGAGCACACGGUUUGA